CAAACACGCAUUCGAACUGAGCUGACCUUUCAUAACUAGUCAAAUUUCAUCACUCACUUCACUUAUGCAACCUAUAUAUAUAUCUUCAGCCGCAAAACUCAACUAUCAAACGCAGCCAAAACAUCAUACUACAAUACAGAUCAUAUUCCUCUUAAAAAAACACCUUUCUAACAACAUUAACUUUCUACUGUCAAUAUGGUGAAAUCGAAUGUGGAGAAACAUGCGGCGGAACGAAGUGAUUCAUUGUUCCGAGGAGUGAGGAAGAGGAAGUGGGGAAAAUAUGUGUCGGAAAUUAGAUUACCAAACAGCCGUCAAAGAAUAUGGUUAGGCUCUUAUGACUCCGCAGAAAAAGCGGCGCGUGCAUUUGACGCGGCUAUGUUCUGCUUACGUGGCAGUGGUGCCAGGUUUAAUUUCCCAAAUAAUCCACCGGAAAUUGCCGGACGAAGGUCCAUGACCCAUUCUGAGAUUCAAGCCGCCGCCGCCCGUUUUGCCAAUUCUGAGCCCUGUAUUGAGUUUUCGUGUCGACCCGAUAAUACUCCAGAUCAAACACCGUCUUCUUCGGUGGGAACACCAAUCACUCCAUUGUUGCCUAUGGAUUUGCCAUCUCCUGCUCUCUCCGAUGUUACUGUUCAAACGGAGAGUGACAUAACGGAUAACGGAUUGUUUAGUGAUUUGUUUUCAGACACCGGGUCGGGUUACACUAUGUUUCCGGGGUUUGAUGAUUUUUGUGGCGAGUUUUACGUGCCGGAGUUCACAAAAUUUGAUUAUGAACAAGAGAACAUGGAUGAGUUUAUAAUUCAUGAUUCCUUUUUAUGGAGUUUCUAAAUAUUUUCAUACGGGAGUCGGGUUGCAUGGAUUUUUACCCGGAUUUAAAACCGGGUUUAGGCGGGUUAGCUUUGCUUUUUAUAGGAUCAAGUCCUAUCAAAUUUUCUCGUAAUAAUUUUUGUCGAGAUAUUUCGGUUUUGAUUUUUGUGGAUAUGAAUCAUGAAACAAUGUAAAGUGGUCUAAUGAUGUAAAUUUUUGGUCAUUCUUUGAACUAUACAUGGAUAAGAUUUUUCUGCCUUA